AUGCCUCUGAUAGCCAAUCACAGCAGUGAGGACUCCUUCACUCUCCCUGCUUCACGUAUCUACCAGGAGUUUAAGUCCACAGACCAGAAGUACAAGUCCAGACUGAGGAGCCGUAUCUCCAACCUGAAGGACCAGAAGAACCCGGACCUCCGACGCAACGUCCUCGCUGGAAACAUCUCUGCUGACCACAUCGCUAACAUGGCUGCUGAGGAGAUGGCGAGCGCGGAGCUGAAAGAGAUGAGGAAGACGUUGACCAAGGACGCCAUCAGAGAGCACCAGCUGUCUAAAGUGGGCGGGACCGAGACUGACAUGUUUCAAUGUGGAAAAUGCAGGGGCAAGAACUGCACCUACACACAGGUGCAGACGCGCAGUGCUGACGAACCCAUGACUACAUUCGUACUGUGCAACGGCUGUGGCAAUCGCUGGAAGUUCUGUUAAGGAGAAGAUGAUGAUUUGCUACAAGAUGAGCUGACACGGAUAACGAAGAACCGGGACCUAUUUUGUUACAACUGCAAAUCGUUUUUUUCUUUUCCUACUUUUGUUGUUUUCAUUUUGUACCUCAUAAAUCUGGAAUAUAUUUUGAGAAAAUGUCUAUCAUAUGGAGCUAGUCUAGUAUUUUAAUUUCUAUGAUAUAUAGCUAGUCUAGUAUUUUAAUUUCUAUGAUAUGGAGCUAGUCUAGUAUUUUAAUUUCUAUGAUAUGGAGCUCGUCUAGUAUUUUAAUUUCUAUGAUAUGGAGCUAGUCUAGUAUUUUAAUUUCUAUGAUAUGGAGCUAGUCUAGUAUUUUAAUUUCUAUGAUAUGGAGCUAGUCUAGUAUUUUAAUUUCUAUGAUAUGGAGCUCGUCUGGGUAUCUUCUGUUUCUGCUCUCUUACCAACCUCUUAUUGAAUGUCAUGUUUGGCUUGACAACGAGUUGACAAGAGCACCAACCGAUCUCGGAAUCCGAUCUCAGAAACCGAUCUCGGAAUCCGAUCUCGGAAUCCGAUCUCGGAAUCCGAUCUCGGAAUCCGAUCUCGGAAUCCGAUCAUAGAAACCGUUAUCGGUACCAGGCUGAAGUUAAGCACUUAUUCUUAAAAAUAAGGUUUUGGUUUGAUGUUUAUUAGUUUAAGCUAUAACUUACAACAACAACAAAAAAGCUUUUGUUUUUGGCAUUAGGGAACAUAGUGGUGCCUUUUUUUGCCUCUCUGUGCCACAAAUGAUUAUUUUGCUAUUAGUUUUAUACACUUGCUGUAGAUAGAGUAUAUGCACUCUUAACGUCUGUAUCCCAAAUGGCACCUUAUUCACUAUAUAGUGCACUAUAUAGUGAAGAAGGUGCCAUUUGGGACACAGCCCUGCUGUAUAUAGAACAAACCGUUGUUUGGAGUCAUUCUGAAUCUACUGUCUUUACAUACACGCUGCACGGGUUCUUAUUGAAGACUUCCAUUUAGGUUUAAAUUCUUCUGUUAAAAUGAACAAAUGAAUGAAACUGGAGGUUCUGCUAGAAGAUGUAGAGUUGCAGAGGAGUGGAGAAGAAGGUUAGUGGGGACUGGAGAAGAAGGUUAGUGGGGACUGGAGAAGAAGGUUAGUGGGGACUGGAGAAGAAGGUUAGUGGGGACUGGAGAAGAAGGUUAGUGGGGAUUGGAGAAGUAGGUUAGUGGGGACUGGAGAAGAAGGUUAGUGGGGACUGGAGAAGAAGGUUAGUGGGGACUGGAGAAGAAGGUUAGUGGGGACUGGAGAAGAAGGUUAGUGGGGACUGGGGAAGAAGGUUAGUGGGGACUGGAGAAGAAGGUUAGUGGGGACUGGGGAAGAAGGUUAGUGGGGACUGGAGAAGAAGGUUAGUGGGGACUGGAGAAGAAGGUUAGUGGGGAUUGGAGAAGUAGGUUAGUGGGGACUGGAGAAGAAGGUUAGUGGGGACUGGAGAAGAAGGUUAGUGGGGACUGGAGUGG